CGAAAAGCUUAAGGAAGCUUGAUGUCAUUUUCGCAGACGAGGCACCCCAUGCUAGAGAGGUAGUACGCCAGAGCAUAUGGCGGCUUCUCGAAAAUUUACAAGCCGGAUAUUAUCUUUAUAGAUGAGGCACCACAUGCCAUAGAACUGAUGACUCUUUUAUCGCGUUCUUUGAACCCAUUGCUUGGAUCUUCAUAUUUAUCGCGUUCAUUUGAACCCAUUGCUUGGAUUUUCAUGGUUACCCCGGCAUCGCACGGUAGCGGAGAGGAACAAAGCAGCACCCUGCAACAUAACCAUUCAAAAGGCAAUUCCAGCCUAUGCCUGCGACCAGUCACCUUCGUCAGCGCUGGACCUAGCGAGCCCUUAAAGUUACUAGAUAUGAUCCCUACCUUCCCUCUCGCCUCUUCAUCUCAGUGGUUGCCCCAGCACCGCACAGCAGCAGAGAGGAGGAGUGAUGCGCAGCGGAAAGGAACAAAGCAGCACCCCGCAACAUAGCCAUUCAACAUGAGACAAUUCCAGCCUGCGCCUGCGACCAGUCACUUUCA